GCCUCACUCCCUCCCAUCCUCCGCCGACCGCCGCACUCCACCUCCCCAUCCCCGCCCUCCCCACCGCGCGGCCGGCCCCAUGUGGGAGCGCGGCAGGCCGCCCCGCAAGCCGCGCCCGUCCCCGAUUAUCGUGCCGCCGCCACCGCCUUCGCCGCCUCCCCGCCUGAACCUCCUCCUCCCCAGAUCCCUCCUCGCGCUCGCCGCGCGCGCCAUGCCGUCGCGCCGCCCCUCCCCGGUCCUCCUACUCCUCCUCGCGCUCGCGCUCGCGCUCCUCUUCGUCAUACUCUCCCCGUCGUCCCCCUCCGCCUCCCGCCUCUCCCGGUCCCUCGCCUCCGGCUCCGCUUCCGCCUCCUCAUCUCCGGCGACACCCGCCGCUCCGCCGCCCCCCGUCAAGAUCUACAUGUACGACCUGCCGCCCAAGUUCACGUACGGCGUCGUGCGCAGCUACAUGGCCGCGCGCGCGCCCUCGGGCUCGGCGGACGCAGCCGCGGUGCUCCCCGACGAGCAGCUGCGGUACCCGGGGCACCAGCACUCGGCGGAGUGGUGGCUCUUCAAGGACCUGCUCCGCCGCGGGCCGCGCGACCGCCCCGUAGCACGCGUGGACGAACCGAGCAACGCCGACCUUUUCUACGUGCCUUUCUUCUCCUCCCUCAGCCUCGUUGUCAACCCCAUCCGACCCCCGGCGGCGGCCAACGCCUCUGGGGUGGCGGCAGCGUACAGUGACGAGGCCAUGCAGGAGGAGCUGCUGGCGUGGCUGGAGCUGCAGCCGUACUGGCAGCAGCACAGGGGGAGGGAUCAUAUUUUCAUCUGCCAGGAUCCCAACGCGCUGUACAAGGUGAUCGACCGGAUUAGCAAUGCUGUACUCCUGGUCUCUGAUUUUGGCCGGUUGCGCAGCGACCAGGCGUCCCUCGUCAAGGAUGUCAUCCUGCCCUACUCACACCGAAUCAACUCCUUCAAGGGUGAUGUCGGGGUAGAUGGUCGGCCCUCAUUGCUGUUCUUCAUGGGCAAUCGCUACCGCAAGGAGGGUGGGAAGGUCCGUGAUGCACUUUUCCAAAUUCUUGAGAAAGAGGAAGAUGUAACCAUAAAACAUGGCGCACAAUCAAGGGAGAGUCGGCGUGCAGCUACACGAGGAAUGCACUCAUCAAAAUUUUGCCUCCAUCCUGCUGGAGACACCCCCUCAGCGUGCAGAUUGUUUGAUGCACUUGUCAGUUUAUGCAUUCCUGUUAUAGUGAGUGAUCACAUCGAGCUACCAUUUGAAGAUGUUAUAGACUACAGUAACAUAGCAAUAUUUGUUGAGACAAGCAAGGCCGUACAACCUGGAUACUUAACUUCAAUGCUACGAAGAGUAAGUUCAGAGAGGAUUCUGGAGUACCAGAGAGAAAUAAAAAAGGUAAAACAAUUCUUUGAGUAUGAAGAUCCGAAUGGACCAGUCAAUGAGAUAUGGCGCCAAGUAUCCCUAAAAGCACCACUGAUAAAGUUGUUGACUAACCGUAACAAACGCCUGUUUGAAAGAGGCACCAAUGGAACAGAUUGCUCGUGCAUGUGCUCUACAACCCCCUAUUGAGAUGACCACAGCCGGGUAAAGAAGGUGGAACCCCUAUGAAGCUUUUUGCCUCAUUUCCAAGUGAUCACAUUGCCUGAGAGAGACGAUAGAGGCUGUGCAGCUCUAUGUACAGCGAGAUUUCCAGUAACUACUUUGAACACUAAAAUUACUAACUGCCACGAUCCUACAAUUUUCAGUAGAUAUGUAUAGGAGGGGGCGAAUAGUCAAAGAACCUUAAAGUGAUGCCUCUGGCGUCAAUACAAGGCCACAAUAUUUUUUGUAUGAUGUGUAAGUUAUAUUAUUUCAUUUUUUUCAGCAA